GGGUUUAGUGUGUAAAUAGUGUGUUAUGCCUCAAAGAACACUGAUGUGGCUUUUUUCCCCAUUCUCUUCCUCUACUUGCAUGAGACACCAUGAGCUGGGCUGGGGGAAUCCUGUGGGCAAGCCAGAGACCAGGCACCAUAGGAGUGAAUUUCUUUUGCCUAGGGAUGGCUCUGUGUCCCUGCCAGGUGGCAUGCAUCUCCUUUAGGGACAGCUGGUCCUUCAGUCCAGUCUCCAAGAUUAUAACUGUCAGGUGUGAACUUACUAAGACUUUCACUUCAGAGGAGACAGUUCAUCACAAUAAGAUCUCCAUUAUAGGAACUGGAUCAGUUGGCAUGGCCUGUGGUAUCACCAUCUUAUUCAAAGGCUUGAGUGAUGAAGUUGCCUUUGUGGAUGUUGAUGAAGGCAAACUGAAGGGUGAGACAGUGGAUCUUCAACAUGGCAGCUCUUUCAUGAAAAUGACAAAUAUAUUUUCCAGCAAAGAUUACCUUGUCAGUGCAAACUCCAACCCAGUGAUUAUCAUAGCAGGUGCAUGUCCAGGAAAAGGACAAACAUGCCUUGAUGUAGUCAAGAGAAAUGUGUCCUUCUUUAAAUUAAUGAUUCCCAACAUUACCCAGUAUAGUCCCCAGUGCAAAAUGAUAGUGGUUUCCAGUCCAGUGGAUAUCUUAACUUAUGUAGCUUGGAAGUUGAGUGCAUUUCCCCUGUUAUUGGAAGUGGCAUAUCUGGAUACUGCCCAUUUCUGUUUCUUUAUUGGGCAAAGGCUCGGUAUCCACUCCAGAAGUUGUCAUGGAUGGAUCUUUGGGGAACAUGGAGACUCAAGUGUACCUGUGUGGAGUGGAGUUAACAUUGCUGGUAUCCCCUUGAAGGAUCUGAAUUCAGAAAUUGGAAUGGAUAAAGAUCCUGAGCACCCUUAUGAAGUUAUUGAUGGAGAGAUAGUAGUUAUAGGAUUAUAUAUCAAACUUUUGAAUAAACUUGAAUUCAUAUAUGUGUAUAUAUAG